AUUCCUUUCAGACAAUAUGCUUAAACCACAUAGAGUCAACUCCAAUGAGGCAUGAAACGUGUCACUAAUUUUUUAAAAUCAACAGCAGCAGACUCCUACUUUGGGAAGUUAAUCAAACAUUAAGCAUGCAUGCUUUUCCCAAUCUCUGUUAUAUAAAACAAAGGAAUCUAUAAAGUGUCUGUACAUAUUUCUUUUUGUUUUGUUUUGUUUGUGGCAAAAUGGCCAAAAGUCCUCGAACAGAUUCCUUUGAUUAUCGAACGGAGCUUCUAUCACCUGCGCUACCAGGAGAGAAAUAUGGGGUGGUGACGAGUGAACAACCGUCGUGGCAACUCAAUAUGGACAAAUUUCAGUUGCCGGAGAAACCCAUCCUUUCUCAUUUUGGGUUCCGAUGUUUUCUCAAGGCACUAUGGAGACAGAAAAAAAUAGCAGAGUAUUACCGAAGGCAGGAAAGACUUUUGAAAGGAUUCAGUGAAGCAGACUCAUUUACAGAGCUGGGCAUUGUCCCCGGAAAGUUAACUGAGGAUGAAAAAGAGCAGCUGGAAAAGAGUGAGAGAGUGGCCAUAUAUGCAUCGAACGUGGCAAAUCUUGUGCUUUUCAUUGCGAAAUUGUAUGCUUCAGUAGAGAGCAGAUCGUUAGCUGUAAUAGCAUCAACCCUGGAUUCUCUCUUGGACUUAUUGUCUGGUUUUAUUUUAUGGUUUACUGAUUAUGCAAUGAGAAAGCCAAAUCACUUCCGCUAUCCUAUCGGCAAGCUCCGAAUGCAACCUGUGGGAAUAAUUAUUUUUGCCUCCGUAAUGGCAACUCUUGGAUUACAAGUAUUAUUUGAAUCAGGGAGAGAGCUUCUUGCCAAGGCUCAGCCAGAAAGAGAUCCUUACAAAGAAAAAUGGAUGAUUGGGAUAAUGGUUUCUGUGACAGUAAUAAAAUUUGGAUUGAUGGUAUAUUGUAGAAGAUUUAAGAAUGAGAUUGUGAGGGCAUAUGCCAAAGAUCAUUUGUUUGAUGUCAUUACUAACUCAGUGGGUCUACUCACAGCAGUAUUGGCUAUCAUGUUCUAUUGGUGGAUUGAUCCUCUUGGAGCUAUCAUUAUAGCUUUGUAUACAAUGGGGAACUGGGCAAAUACAGUGGUGGAAAAUAUUUGGUCGUUAGUAGGGAGGACAGCUCCAGCAGAGUAUUUAGCAAAGUUGACAUAUAUAAUAUGGAAUCAUCACAAGGAAAUUAAGCAAAUUGAGACAGUAAGAGCAUACACAUUUGGAUGUGAAUACUAUUUUGUGGAGGCUCACAUUGUGUUACCAGAGGAUAUGUCUCUUAAUCAAGCACAUGAUAUUGGGGAGACUUUAGAACAGAAGCUUGAACAGCUUGUUGAGGUUGAGAGAGCUUUUGUUCAUGUGGAUUUUGAUGCUACUCAUAAGCCUGAGCACAACCCUAAGCUUCCUUGACCAUAUACAUCACCAAGAUUUGCCAGAGAAUAUAUCUUAUUUUUGUGUUUAUUAUUCUUUUGCAUUAGUUUGAACAUCCAUGAUCCAUCCACACCACACCUGAAAGAAGAAAAAAGAACAAAAGGGUAGAAUUUUUUUUUGUUGUACUACAAUAACUGAGUGAACCAUUUGGAGUAAUAUGUUAUUAGCUUGUACUUGAUAGUAUGGAAACAUGUAUCGCAAUUUUAAUUUUUUUAGAAA